CGCGCUCCGCCCUCAGGCGGCUCCGGUGUCGGGCAUGCGCGGCCCCGAGCGGGGCGGGGCGGGGCGGGGGGGCGGCAGCGGGUUCCGCCGCCACGCUGCGCCGCGAGGCGGGGCCAUGGCAACGGCGGGGCCGGGCAUGGAGAGCGCCGGGGGCCGCGGCACGGCCGGCGCGGGCAUUUUUGAGGAUGAAGGCAUGAAACUACGACAACUGAAACUAGAGAAUCAGAGAGCUCUUCUAGAGAAGAAGCAGAGGAAGAAACGUCUUGAUCCCUUGAUGGUACAGCCAAAUCCUGAGGCAAAGCCGCGCAGGCCAAGGCCCAAAGGAUGCGAGGAGCAGACUCCUUUAGUAGAAACUCCUACCCCAUUCCACACUGAUGUUAUGUUACAUGGUAUUGAUGGACCAGCUGCUUUCCUGAAAUCAGAAGUGCAAGAUUUAGGAACCAAGCUCCAAACUCUCUCUGUUGGAUCUUCCAUAACAGAAGACAAUGCAGAUGAGGAAAAGGAUGGACAGUCUAUAACAGAAACAUCCGUCAAGCCAGAUCUACAAGAAAUCUUAGAGAAACGAGGAAUUUCAGGCAGUUUGAAUUUUGAUGAGGAGGACACAGAAGAAGAGGAAGAAGCUAGUAAGAGACCAGCAUCUCAUUCACCACAUCCUGAAUCUGAGAGGCCUAGUUCUGCAACCAGUGAGAAAUCCUUUGCAGAAACAGGUGCUUCCUGUAGUCCAUCCCCUCAGGCAGUUGCACAUCUGGGAGAAGUAGAGAACUUGGAGGAUUUUGCAUUACGCCCUGCACCCCGUGGUAUUACAAUCAAAUGUCGAAUCACUAGAGAUAAGAAGGGAAUGGACCGGGGCCUCUUCCCUACUUAUUACAUGCAUCUGGAAAGGGAUGACAACAGAAAGACAUUCCUUCUUGCGGGGAGAAAACGAAAAAAGAGCAAAACGUCCAAUUACCUCAUAUCAGUUGACCCAACUGAUUUAUCCCGGGAAGGGGAAAGUUUCAUUGGAAAACUCAGGUCAAACCUCAUGGGAACUAAAUUUACGGUCUAUGACCAUGGAAUUAGCCCCAUCAAGGCACAAGGCGUAUUGGAAAAGGCCCGUACUCGACAGGAGCUUGCAGCUAUCUAUUAUGAAACCAAUGUAUUAGGAUUCAAGGGUCCCAGAAAAAUGUCUGUGAUCAUUCCAGGAAUGAACAUGAAUCAUAAGCGAAUUCCAAUCCAGCCACAAAAUGAAAAUGAGAGUCUUCUGUCAAAAUGGCAAAACAAAAAUUUAGAGAACCUCAUUGAGUUGCACAACAAGGCUCCAGUCUGGAAUGAUGAUACUCAGUCCUACGUUUUGAACUUCCAUGGGAGAGUCACUCAGGCUUCAGUGAAGAACUUCCAGAUUGUCCAUGACAAUGACCCUGACUACAUUGUGAUGCAGUUCGGUCGUGUAGCAGAAGAUGUGUUCACUCUGGACUAUAAUUAUCCUCUCUGUGCUCUUCAGGCUUUUGCUAUUGGACUCUCCAGCUUUGAUAGCAAAUUGGCCUGUGAAUGAGAGACUACAGACUUGAGACGUGGAACUGACUCCCAUCCCUGCAUCUUGUUACAAGAGUUUAGGUGGAGCAAUGAAAAGCACAUCAGGGAUGGAAAGGAACUGGAGGACAAACUUCUGCAGGCUUAUUUGAAAGCGAAUAGUAGGCUGGAGAGCAUUAUGGUGGUUUACAGUAGAUCUUCUUAGGAGACUGUCCCAAGACUGAGCAGUCUCUGUACUCAUUGUGGAAGAACAAGGAAUAUUGGUGAUGUUUUUAUUGUCAGAAUUGAUUCUGCUUUCAGAAUCCUUGUAACACAUGCUGCUGCCUGAACAGGCUAAGGAAGUUAACCCACUAAUUGAAACACAUUGCAGCUUGGACUGGAAAAAUAAUAGUUUAGUGUCCAUAUACCUUGGAUCUUAAGCAGUGCCCCUGAAGAUGAUGCUACCAAUAUUCAUUUGAGUUCCUGAUCAGAUUAAUUCAGAAAAAAAAAAUAGAAGGGUGGUUAUAGUAUGUGUUCUCUCUUGCCCUGUGUAGCAUUUUGCUGUCUGUAAAAACACUGAGAGAGAGAAGGGUUGAGGUUAAGCUUCUGUGCAACUGUAGGUAGUGUUCAACAAGUACAAGCUGAAAUGAGACAUUGUCUGUAGUAAAAACACCUCCUUCUCUGUGGAAUGAUUCUCUGCUAAGUCUGAUAGUCCAGCUCCUUUUCAUUAUUCUAAUUUUCAAUGCUGGGUUCUAGAGUAUGGAGACAGUAGAUCACAGCAUGGGACACUUCUUGAUUCAUAUGGCCUUGAUUCAUCAGAGUCAAUUGCUGCACACUGACACAUAAGCCUCAUAGUGCACACAUCUGUUGUGUGCUAAGGUAGAGAACAGCUACUAUCUUGCCAGUUUCAUGGCCAUUGUGCAUAUCCAUGAUGAAACUGGAAAACUGUAUCCUUCUAAUAAGACAAGAAUCAGCGUUUAGCAGUUUUGUAUACUGUCAGCAGACAAGUUCUGUUUCAUGCUCCUGAAAAACAGACUUACUGUUUUUGUUCUCCAGAGUCUUUGCAGUGGUAAAUAUCACUUGCUCUUUCAAAAUAAUAUCAGAAAAUAUCUUCACAGAGUUUCAUGGCCAGGAAAAAAAAAAAAAAGAUGGUAAUCAUGUGUAAACUUUGUUUUUAAUUGUAAAUUUUGAACUGUUGCUGAGGGCACCAGCUCUAGAAAAUGCUGGAAGCCAAGUCCCAGAUGCCCAUUCUGUAUUAGCUUGAGAGCCAUUGUCUUGAGAGUGAUCUCAUCAGCACAGCAGUCAGUGAAGAGAACUUGAAUCAUGGAUCUAUUUUGUGCCUUCAUGUACUUCCUGCUCAUUAUGCUGGAGUUAAGACCUGACAGAGUUUUCCAGUUGUUCUCCACUGAGUUCUUGGCUGAAGGCUCUGCCCUCCACCCAUCCAGAAAUACUAAAAAAAAGAAAAAAAGUCAGUUCAUAAUCUGAUUAUUAUUUUUCUGUCUAGGACUGUGUAAAUAAACUAUGUUAACUUGGGGUGUCCUGAAGCUACGAUGAUAAUUUCCAAUUUAAGUUGAUUUUUCUCUGUUCUCAGAAGGCCACAGUAGCAUUGCUUUACUCACCCUUUCAGCUAAGCUGGACAGCAGUGGCUCUUCAAGCUAUCUGUUGAUGACAAAUCAUCUUCACAGGGUCAGAGCCUCCGUGUCUUGGUCACAUUUAUGUAGAUAUAUGAACCGCUUCAGAGCUCUUUUAUCAAAUACUGUUUUACAUUAAUUGUAUUUAUAACUUUUAUAUCUAAAUGAAAAUAAACUAAUUUAUAUAUUGAAAAACUC